AUGAUAGACAACCUUCUUCUGAUUGAAGGGCCUGAGCAUGGCUCUAACCUUGUCGAAAGAGCUCAGGGAAUGUAUGCCAUGGCUUCUCAAUAUGAUGGAAGUCUACUUAUGGUUGUGUAUUUUGUAUUCAAUGAGGGUAAGUUUAAUGGAAGUUCGGUUAUCAUUCUAGGGAGGAAUCCGGUGCUUAAUGCAGUGAGGGAAAUGCCGGUAUCGGGAGGCAGUGGGAUUUUCCGAUUUUCUCGUGGCUAUGGACCGGCAAAGACAUACAGGAAUAAUAUCAAAUCAGGGGAUCCUGUGUUUGUGUACAAUGCGUAUGUAAUGCAUCAUUGA